UCCUCUUCUCUUCUCCCAGAGAACCAAGUGGAGAAUAAGUAUACGGUGGUUCGUCAAGCCCUGCGCUUUCCUUAGAUCUUUGUGCACAUAAUAUAUAGCUUUUUAACGGGAAUCUAUCAACUGACGUUUGUUUAUCCGCUGAUGUGUUUGCUUUUGUUUGCUUCGUGACUCGAUUAGAUCUUUGUGCACAUAAAAUAUAGCUUUUUAACGGGAAUCUAUCAACUGACGUUUGUUUAUCCGCUGAUGUGUUUGCUUCGUGACUCGAUUUGAAGGUUGACUCACAGAACUGGCCUUUCUGCGCCCCACCGAGAAGCUAAGUCGAAAAGGCUUCGGGCGACAGGUUGGAUAAGCCAGGGCCAAGAAAAUGGCAGGAGGUUUUGUCGGCGGUGAUGUAGGCAAGAGAGCAGAGCUCUAUGAAGGCAGGAUCACCAGUUACUUCAUCUUGGCAUGUAUUGUUGGAUCCCUUGGUGGAUCCCUUUUUGGAUACGAUCUUGGUGUCUCUGGUGGAGUCACUUCCAUGGAUGAUUUCUUAAAGGAGUUCUUCCCCAGUGUGUACCGAAGGAAACAAGCACAUCUUCAUGAAACCGACUACUGCAAAUAUGACAACCAGCUUCUUACUCUCUUCACAUCUUCCCUCUAUUUCGCGGGCCUCAUCUCUACCUUUGGGGCCUCAUAUGUGACCAGAAAAUAUGGAAGAAGGAUCAGCAUCAUGGGUGGUGCAGUUAGCUUCUUCCUUGGUGGUGCUAUCAAUGCAGGAGCAGUUAAUCUCUUUAUGCUGAUCAUUGGCCGAAUUCUCCUCGGAGUGGGCAUUGGUUUUGGAAAUCAGGCAGUUCCUCUCUAUCUCUCUGAGAUUGCACCACCAAAGAUCCGAGGGGCAGUUAACCAGUUGUUCCAACUGACUACCUGCUUGGGGAUUUUGGUUGCUGACAUUAUCAACUACUUCACAGAACAGCUCCACCCAUGGGGUUGGAGGCUUUCUCUUGGCCUAGCCAUGGUGCCUGCAACUCUUAUGUUCAUUGGAGGACUUUUUCUUCCAGAGACUCCAAACAGCCUUGUCGAACAAGGGAAGCUAGAUAAAGCAAGAAAGAUUUUGGAGAAGGUGAGGGGAACUACAAAGGUAGACGCAGAGUUUGAGGACCUCAAGGAGGCCAGUGAUGCAGCCCGAGCAGUCAAGCACCCUUUUCGGAACCUCCUCAAGCCGAAGAACCGUCCCCAGCUUAUAAUAGGUGCACUUGGAAUCCCCGCAUUCCAGCAGCUCUCUGGCAUGAACUCCAUAUUGUUCUAUGCUCCAGUGAUCUUCCAAAGCUUGGGCAUGGGUUCAGGGGCUUCUCUCUAUUCAUCUAUUAUAACCAGCUCAAUGCUUGUUCUUGGUGCACUCGUUUCAAUGUCGGUUGUUGAUAGGUUGGGAAGGAGGUUUUUGUUCAUCGAAGCUGGUAUUCAAAUGAUCAGCUCAAUGGUGGUUGUCGCUAUUACUCUUGCACUAAAAUUUGGUCGCGGAGUGAUGCUCCCAAAAGAUUUGGCUAUCAUCCUGGUGGUUGCGAUCUGUGCAUUUGUUGUGGCUUAUGGAUGGUCUUGGGGGCCUCUUGGGUGGUUGGUUCCUAGUGAAAUUUUCCCACUGGAGACGAGAUCAGCAGGCCAAAGCAUGGUGGUUUGUGUCAACCUUUUCUUCACUGCUGCAAUAGCACAGUGCUUCCUUGCCAUGUUAUGCCAUUUAAGAUAUGGGGUCUUCAUCCUAUUCGCGGGCUUGAUUGUGAUUAUGUCCUUGUUCAUCAUCCUGCUCCUGCCGGAGACCAAGCAAGUGCCCAUUGAGGAGAUGUCUUAUCUGUGGGAGAAGCAUUGGUUCUGGAAGAGCAUUGUGUGCAGGCAAGAUUCGGAUAAUAAGGUUCAAAACCAACAAGCAGCAGCUGUUUAGGCGCAUUACAUGAGUCCUCAUCUCUUGUUCUUUACAUAGGCUGAGCCUUUGCUAGAUUUACGUCUUUAUUUGACAAGUGGACAAUUCUUCUCUUUGUGACUGUGGAAAGCAGCAAUAAAUAAGUGUAUGAUUAUUUUUCAUGCGCUAUUCAUGUUUAA